GUAAAAGUAAAACCUAUACAAUAACGAAGUAAAUAGUACUGUUAAAACUGAUAAGCUUUUAUAUAUAUUUGCUGAACUAUGUGUGUUACCCAGUAGUUAUAAUUGUAUUGCUGAAAAAUGGCAGUGUUAAAAUUGUUCGCAUGUGUUCUCUUAACGAUAGUUGCUACAAAUGCAAGCUAUUCUGUUUAUCAAACCAUAGAAAAAAUCAAAGCAGAUGGCUUCGAAGCUGAAGCCCAUAAAGUCACCACCUCAGAUGGAUACAUCUUAGAGAUGCACAGGAUCCCACACGGCAGAACGAACAAAGACACGACAGAAGACCGUCCUGUGGUCUUAGUGAUGCACGGGUUCAUGUCAGCUUCUCAAGUCUUCGUUAUGCUCGGACCUGAGACGAGCUUUGCUUACCAUCUAGCAGAUGCAGGAUUUGAUGUCUGGAUGGGAAAUGCAAGAGGUAACAAGAAUUCCCGAGCCCACGUGUCUCUGAACCCUGAUGAUGAGGUGCAGAAGUACGAAUUCUUCGAUUUCAGCUGGGAAGAGAUUGGUAUGCUUGACUUACCAGCAAUGAUUGACUAUAUCCUUAAGCAAACAGGGAAAGACCAGCUCCAUUACAUUGGGCAUUCUCAGGGUGGCACAGUAUUUCUAGUGAUGGCUUCCAUGUUACCUGAGUACAACAAGAAAAUAGCUUCAGCUCACCUCUGCGCAGGAGUUGGGUAUCAAGAGUACUUUCCUGAUGAGCAGUUGAAACAAUCUGCAUUGAUGACUGAUAUGAUUUAUUACACUGCUUUACAAGCGGGAGCCGUGGAGCUGUUCCCUCCUAACUCCAUUCAGAUGCUGCCUGAAGAAAUAUUCGAAUGGCCGGCGUACUGUCUUGGCAGUAAACGCAUGGAGUACAUGUGUCAAAUCUUUGGCAUCACUCGUAUUACGAACAACUACAACGCAGCCACCGACCAGCCAGGAGCAGCUCUAAAGCAAAUGGCACAUUACGGCCAGAACAUAAGAGACAAAAUCUUCCGUCGGUAUCACUACGGAUCUACAGGAAACCAGGAGAAAUAUGGAUCAGAACUACCACCUAAAUACGAUUUGAGUAAAAUAACUACUUUUGUGACCAUGCAUUACACAUUAAAUGAUAAUUUGCUUGAUGAAAGGGAUGUGCUAGCUAUGGUCGCUGAUAUCCCAAGAGCCGUGGCUCGCCAGGUCGCGAGGACCAGCUUCGAACAUGGUGACUUCGUGGCGGCAGCCGACGCUAAGGAAUUAGUCACAGAUUAUAUUAUUGAAGAGAUUAAAAAGGCUAGUCAAGAAAACAACUUCCCUGAGAAUGACCAAGUGAUCGUGGUUGACGAUCCCCCAACUAGCGCUCCAAGCACUGAAACCUCCGCAACCGCAGCACCUGAUGCUUCACCCGGAGGAGCUGGUACCAUAGUCCUGAACGUCUACCUCAUAAUGCUAAGCUUGUAUGUAAUGCUAAAGUAGGUUUAGUUGAUAAUAUAUAUGUAAAUGUAAAUAAAAUAUAGGCUAAGAUAAAUAAAUAUUUAA